CAUGACACGUUGUCAAACUUAAACACUGUAGACAACUGAUAAUAAAUAGCCUAACGUAACCAAAUACAGUUGGAUUUCGUUUUAUAAUCUGUCGGAUUUCAAACAUGAUAUAUGUGUUUUACGUAUAUUUAUAACUCUGAUAUAAGCGUUUAAGACAAACUUUAAGUGUAAAGUUCCGAACGAAUUGCUGAAUUAUCAGAAUACAGUAGCAAAUCUCGUUCUAUUUACUAACGUUUUUAUUGAAUAAACAUUAAAAUGUAUAUCGCACUAUCAGUAUUUACAUUGUGAUUCAAAGAUAAACAUUACAAAAUAAAUCGACUCAAAGACUUGACAAAGAAUUUGCAUUUGAUCAAAACAUUUUUUGGAAAGUCAUGGAUACGAGUUAUGCCAUUAAAGGUACCGUUUGUAUAGCGAUGAUAGCAAUCCUGGCGGAUAUGUGUAAUUCCAUGGUGACGACGACUUAUAACAUCCCUGGUUAUUUCAAGUGGACAGGACAAGGCCACAUACACGACUACCUUUACUGUCCAAAUGUCUGUCAAAAUCAACAUGGAUUUGAAAACCUGGACGAAUGCUGCGGCUGCAAAGCGAGACCGUGUUGGGAUUUGGAAAUGGAAGAUCCGAACAUAAACUGUGGAGUAAGAUACGGUCACCUGAUUUUGGAAUUCAAAAAUCCUAUAAGUACGGUUGCAACACACAGCGAUAGCAUUCCAAAAUCUUCAAAUUAUUCAGUGAUAUACGGGUUAAGAUGCGUUCUAUGUAAGCUCAGAUAUCUACCCGAAAACCUGUGCAACUUUACAAAUGGUCUAAUUGAUGUAGAUUUAUCACACAACAAAUUAUCAGAAGUGGACGCAAUUAAAUGUUUGACAAAUUUGGACACGCUAAACCUCGGGUUUAAUCACAUAAUUCACAUCAAGAACACAACUCUACACGAAAUGAAUUAUUUGAGGGUACUCCGUCUGGAUGGAAACAAUUUGGCUAAUCUUGAUGCCAAUACUUUGAACAUCAGACACGGAAAUAUUCUUUUUGUUGAUGUAUCAUAUAAUCACUUCGAAACCUUGGACAUAACCAACCUUCAUCGGCCUGGAUUUUUCUGCGCCUUGAAUAUAUCGAAUAUGAACAUUAAAUCAAUAACGAACGACGCGCAUUUUAAGUUUGAUGAAAACGAGACAUAUGGACCAGGGGACACUUUUGUAUAUAAUACUUACGGUUAUUCAUUAUUGAACUAUACCGAUGCUGGCAUAACUGAUAUUAAGAAAACGGGAAAAAUACUUUUAGGGGCUAUAUUCUUCAAGAAUUCUCCAUUUUCGUGUGAUUGCGCCUUAGUACCGUACAUCAUGGAAUUAAAGUUCUGGAUUGUAAACUUUUUUAAUCUUACUGAUUAUCAACUUGUGUGUAAUGAGCCAUUAAGAGUCAGAAACAGGUCUUUAUAUGAGAUUAUUAUAAAUGAAGACUACAGCGAACUUUCUUGUGAGCUACCUAACUGCCCUUUUGCCCCUGACAAGAACUACCCGUCUGGAAACUGUUCUCAACGUGCUGAAUGUACCUGUUCUGAUGACCAGUUUCACGGGAGAGUGAUUGUGAAUUGCAGUAAUCUAGAUGAGAUGCCUGGUAAUUUACCGGUUGGUCAUUGGAAUAACCAGAAUAUUGAACUAAACAUAAAUGGAUCAACCAUAACACAUAUUGAUAGCCGACCAUACCUUGACAGGACGGUAGCAUUACGCAUGUUAGAUGUUCCGCUUUCAGAUAUUACAAAGACAGCGUUGCAAGCCAUGCCUAACGAUAUGCAACUCAGUAUUGACAGCCAACAAAUAACACUCCUUUCAGAAGGAUUUCUUAAAAUGAAUCCAUAUCAAAUUCAGUUUGGAAAGAACCCCGUAACCUGCACCUGUGACAAUCUAUGGAUAGGAACCUGGAUUCGAGCCAAAGGAAAACGCGAACAAUUGCUUUGUAGAACUACUCAUGGAGUAAUUGAUGCAUAUGAUGUAGAUCAUAUAGUCUUGGACUGCACAUGGCAUUAUGAUAGCCAACUUUGGGCUAUUGUUGGACUGGUAACAGUUACACUUGUUUUUACCUCUGUGGGUGCGCUCUUUUGGUGUAUGUUUAGGAACGAAAUGCUUAUUUUGAAAAGGAAGUAUUUACCGUGUAAACAAGAACACUACCCAUACACAACAGACGUAUUUAUUUCAUUCUACUCAGCUAAUCCGUAUGUUUUUACAUAUAUGGAGCGUUUUCUGCGACCAAUGCUUAUAACAGAAGGCUAUUCUGUUUUCGAUUCUUUUCAUGACAUAGAAUACAAUGAGGAGGAUUUCGAUUUCCAGCUUACACAGGCAGUUAGUAAGUGCAAAAAUUUCCUCAUAAUUUUAUGUGAGGAUUAUUUAACCGACGAGAAAACCUGUCUUGAGUUUGACACAAUAUGGAAACAUUUUGAACACAUAUCACACCGACCUGUCAUAAUUGUUAACUUCAACUCUGCCGACAGUUCUGAAAUAUCAGAUAGACGUAUCCGUGCGUUCCUUCGACUUAAACAGGAUCUAAAUUUCAAGAACACAAACACGCAAUUAAUCGAAGAGCUGAAGGCGAGAUUAUGUGCGCCUAUUGCGUCUGCACAAGAAGAUGAAGAGCGUGUAGCGUUUGCUUAAGGGAUACCUGAUUCACGGCGAAAAAUACUGCGACCUUUAGACAGCCCUAGUGAUGAGCCAGACUGGAAAUUAACUGCUCCAAUAAAUACAAUAUAUUAUAUGAUUAUAAAUUUAAUAUUGGAGACGCUUAUUUAAAUUAAAACAGUUUAAAUGAUUCAAUAGAAGUGAAUUGUUCAUACAUUAAGUGUAUAUCUCGUUUAGUUUAUAUUCAUUUUAAGUUUUCAGAUCUAAAAACACAAACUACAAAAAGCAUUAAAAUUGUGGAAUUUA